GGUCGUUUGAACGAAGCGGGGCCCAGCUGCUGGGCCCACCCCUUUCCUCCCCGCCUGAGUCCCGAGCGCCGGUUUUCUGCGCCGCGGCUGGGAGGCUCUACCCACCAGUUUUCCGCGGGACCCAGCAAGGGACCUCAACCUGCCGAGACAAGCUUAGGAAACUCAAAGCCAACGUACCCCAGCAGAGCGCCAAACCCAGCCCCCCUUCGGCGCCUGGCUCGGACCAAUCCGCCCCGUACGGUCUCUGCCACCCAGACCAAUAGGUACCCGCAUUCGGAGCACCUCCCACCAAACGGCAUUCUGAUUGGUUCGCCUUUCUUGUCCGUGGCGUUGCCCUAGCAACCAAGCUAGUGGAACGCGGCGGCCGGGUCUCCAGUCCACUGGCUGCCAGGCUCUGGGACUCUCCACGGUCCCUGCUCGCUUCCGGCACCAUGUCGGUGCGAACGCUACCGCUGCUCUUCUUGAACUUGGGCGGGGAGAUGCUUUACAUCCUAGACCAGCGGCUGCGGGCCCAGAACAUCCCGGGAGACAAGGCCCGCAAAGUUCUGAACGACAUCAUCUCCACCAUGUUCAAUAGAAAGUUCAUGGAGGAACUGUUCAAACCCCAAGAGCUCUACUCCAAGAAGGCCCUGAGGACAGUCUACGACCGCUUGGCUCAUGCCUCCAUUAUGAGACUGAACCAGGCCAGCAUGGAUAAGCUCUAUGACCUGAUGACUAUGGCUUUCAAAUACCAAGUAUUGCUGUGUCCCCGUCCCAAGGAUGUGUUGCUGGUCACUUUCAAUCAUUUAGAUGCCAUCAAGGAAUUCAUCCGAGACUCCCCAACCAUCCUACAUCAAGUGGAUGAGACUUUCCGGCAGCUGACUGAAGUGUACGGGAGCCUCUCUGCUGGGGAGUUCCAGCUGAUCCGACAGACGCUCCUUAUCUUCUUCCAGGACCUGCACAUUCGAGUGUCCAUAUUUCUAAAGGACAGAGUUCAAAAUUCUAAUGGUCGCUUUGUGUUGCCAGUGUCUGGGCCUGUUCCCUGGGGAACUGAAGUUCCCGGACUAAUCAGAAUGUUCAACAACAGAGGGAAAGAAGUGAAGAAGGUCAGAUUCGAGCAUGGUGGGAACUAUGUCACUGCACCAAAAGAAGGUUCUUUUGAACUUUAUGGAGAUCGAGUCCUGAAACUGGGAACUAAUAUGUACAGUGUGAAUCGGCCUGUGGAAACACAUAUGUCUGGAGCAUCAAAGAACUUAGCUUCACGGACAGAGGAAAACAUUACUCCAAACCCUCUUGCUAAAGAAGAGCUGAAUUUCUUGGCCAGGCUGAUGGGAGGAAUGGAGAUUAAGAAACCCAGUGGCCCUGAGCCAGGAUUCCGGUUGAAUCUCUUUACCACCGAUGAAGAAGAGGAACAAGCAGCUUUAACCAGGCCAGAAGAGUUAUCCUAUGAAGUUAUCAACAUACAGGCUACCCAGGACCAGCAAAGGAACAAAGAGCUGGCUCGGAUCAUGGGGGAGUUUGAGAUCACAGACCAGCCACGAUGGAGCACCAGCAAGGGGGAGGACUUGCUCGCCAUGAUGGAUGAGCUAUAGUGGUGCUGACCAGGCACACCCUCCACCAGCACGGGACAGGUUACCUGAUGACCACCCCUGGGGAGGACCCCCGGUCCAAAACAAUGCUGCUAGUUUUCUACUGAGUGGAGCCGUUGCCUGUUGCCUCCUGUUCCUGUUUCUGUUGUAACAAACGGUGCAAGUCUCCCUCAGAAAGUACUGUCUCGAAGGCACCUGCACACAUAUAUUUUCAGCAAAAUACAUUCUAGCUUUUAAGCUGGACCUUUCCCAUCUUCUUUCUCUAAUUUCAUGGCAACCAUCCAAAGCAUCCUGGGCUAUGGGUUCAAGUCCCAGAGUCAGUAAGGGGAUGCUUCUGUUGCCACUUUGAUAUUACAGCUUUCUUGUGGGGCUCUAUAUCUCACAGAGGCUGGUAAGUCAUAACAGAGACUUCAGAGCUCUCUGGGAUGCGUUCUUCUUUGUGAGUUUGAAAUAAUUAGGAAAGGAGUUGCGUCAAACAGUUGGGACCCAGUUUAGACAGUCCUCGACUCCCUGGUAUACAAGGAGUUGUCACCUCAGAGAGGCAGAGUAAGCAAAGCCGUGACAGGGAGCAAUCGGCUGAGCCCAAGCAGUGGCAUGUGGGUGUCUGUAGUUCUCUGCCCAUCUCUCUCCAUAUGUGGAUAUGGGCUUCUCCCAUAUGGGGAUGUGUACCAAGAAAAUAUUUUCCUUUUCAGCAUGACAUGUACUCCUUACCCCCAUAGUCUUCCUCUGCCCUUUAGUGUUCUUGCCUUCUACAGACACCAGCAUGAUGUGCUUUGACACCUGUCUCCUCUCCUCUACCCUCAGUCACCAAGCAGAGCCUUAGGUUGGUUGGGUGUAUGGGAGGCAUUAGUGGUGUGCCACUUUCCCCUGCAUGGACCCACUUAGCUACUUCUCUUCGCAAGGCAUGAUGCCAAGUCUAAUCAGAAUCCACUUAAAAAACCUCAGGCCAAGCCUUCCCUUGUUGUUUCAGGAAGAAGAGUCAGCCCUCAACCACAUGCGCACCCCUGGGUUUAAGUAACAGGUGGGUUCGGGGCUACCAGAACCCCGAGACGAAGGUCCAUUCAGUCUUGUAGAAGGAAUAUCCAGGAUGGCAGAGGGUAGGAGAAAACUGAGCUGUGCUGAUCAUCACCUGAGAUUGGGCCAACCACAGGGACCACACCAGACCCUCUCACCCCGGGAAGAGUGGAGGCAAACAUAGUUGUGGAAUACGAGGGCCAGAGAAUUGGCCCUUUGGCCAGCCUACAGCAAAGAAUUUGGAUACAGAAAGGGAAAUCUCCAAAUAAAUUUAAGUUGCUUCGUACCUAUUAAGGUUAUGCUUCCUCACCUACAAAGAACCCCUCAAAAGGUCUGUUCGGGAGAAGUAUAUUGUGCUAUUAAACAGCUGUUACAGGUUUACAAAG